CACGUCAGCAAAGCAACCCUUCACCAUUCUCUCUCAGUCUGAAUUCUUUUUCAUUCAUUCAGCUAUGCUUUUAUACGUCCCAUCACCAAUCUCUCUUUCUCUCUCUCUCUCUUACAAAAUUCUCAUUUUUUUCUUCCUUUUUUUCUUUCUCACUCUCAAAACCCCUAAACGCUCCCUCCUUCACACCAAAACCAGAAAAAGAAACCCUUUCCCCGUGAAACACAAAACCACUCUCAUUCACAACAACAAAACUCUACCAUUUCACACCACAAGCAACAAAAAAAACCACAAAGCUUAUAAAUUAAAUACCCUAAUUUAAUACACCUUCUACAUAUUCUCCACCAUCAUGGAUCCAUCAUCUGAGGGAGCAGGAGCCCCCUCAGAACAACUUCCAUCGUCAACAACUUCUCCUCCGAUUGUCGUACAACCGGAGGGAUCUUCACCAGCACCACCACCAGCACCACCAAGCCGUUACGAAUCACAAAAACGUCGAGAUUGGAACACUUUCUUACAAUACCUACAAAACCACAAGCCACCAUUGACACUUGUACGAUGCAGUGGAGCACACGUGAUCGAGUUUUUAAAAUAUCUUGAUCAAUUUGGGAAGACUAAAGUUCAUGUAUCCGGGUGUCCGUAUUUUGGACACCCGAAUCCACCUGCUCCCUGCGCCUGUCCUUUAAAACAGGCGUGGGGGAGUUUGGACGCGUUGAUCGGAAGACUCAGAGCGGCCUACGAAGAAAACGGAGGCCGUCCUGAGUCUAAUCCGUUCGGUGCGAAAGCUGUGAGAAUUUACUUGAGGGAAGUAAGGGAAGGACAAGCUAAAGCUAGAGGGAUUCCUUAUGAGAAGAAGAAGAGGAAGAGACCUGCAGUGACAGUUGCAGCUGUGAGUAGUAGUGGUGGUGGGAAUGAUGAUGGUGGUGGUGGUGACGGUGGUGCAGGUGAUAACACUGUUGGUGGUAGUAGUGGUGCUACAACUUCUACAACUGAAUUUAGUACUGCCACCACUACCACAGUAUAGUAAUUUUAAUUUUUAUUAUAUUUAUUUUCCUCAUUUUUUAUUUUAUUUUAUGUUUUUAGUUUUAAUUCUAAGGAAAUUAAAUGUGAUUAAAGGUUAUUAUUAUUAAGUUACA